AUGGAUGCGACUUUCGCUCGCCUAGGCAUGAGGAUCGACCCCAGGUGGGUGACCCUCAAGUUCCUGAAGAGCCUUCUGUUCCAUGCCAAGAUCAUGCUGGUUUCUUCUCUCGCUCAUCUGGGUCUGCUCAGAUCUCGACAGCGAGAACGCGCGGAGGAAGACCAAGAACCCCACUCGGCGGACCAGUCCAACAACACCGUCCUUGUGAUGGACGGCUCGACGCCGGCCCUCGUCCCCGUCCACGUCCUCGCGUCCCGUUACAAGAACAAAGUGCCGGUCCUCGAGUUUGGCGAGCUUCUCGCCAAGCGCCGAGCAUUGCGCGGAGAUGAUGGAGGAGGAUGCAGAGGGGGAGGCGAUCAAUGCCGAGAGAAGAUGUGCGCGGUGUGCUUGACCGGGAUCGAGGGGAGGCACGAGGUGCGAGAGCUGCUCAACUGCAGCCACGUUUUCCACCGGGAGUGCCUGGACCGGUGGGUCGAGGAGAACCAGGUGACUUGCCCUCUCUGCCGGUGCUUGCUCUUCCCUGCAGCAACCCCGAGGCGAAGAAUAAUCGCAGAAGCUUGCGACUGA